GGCGGGUGCGCGCGCGUCGGCGCCGGCGCAUGCACGCCACCGGCCACACGGACCGCUCGGGCGGCGGCGGCGGCGGCGGCUCCUGGCGCCUCCCGCCCGACGAGACCCUACAAGUCGCCGACCCCAAGUCCGCCAAGGAGGAGGACUUAUAUCAAGGAGAUGGCCACAACUGGCGGAGCAUCAUAUUUUCUUUGAUGGUCAUCAGUUUUGUGAUAGCCGGUAUUGUCACAGCUAUCUAUCUGUUAGGGUAUGUGGACGAGUUGUUGUACUGGUCGGGUCGUCGGAUGCGCUUGGACGAGUUCCUGCACGGGGACCUGACGGGCGAGCGACUUCCGACCACGUGGGUGAGCUCGCACCAGCUCGUGUACCAAGCGGACGACGGUGGCCUGCUGGCACUCGACACCUUCAACAAUACGCUCACUGUUCUCGUCACCAAUCACACACUAAGGCAGCUAAAUGUGCGAGGCUAUCAGUGCUCUCCGAACUUGCGUUACGUGCUCUUCCAACACAAUAUCAAGGAGGUUUACCGACGGACGUUUACUGCGCACUACACCGUUUAUGACGUCACAAAUGACCACCACAUCCCGCUGUUUGGCGAGGGCCAGCGCAGCUGGGAGUGGCAGCACGCGGCCUGGCUGGGCGGCGACGGGUCCCUGCUGCUGGCGGCGGACAACGAGGUGCUGGCGCGGCCCGGGCCCCCCGCGCGCCGGGCCCCUCUACUGCGCCUCACUACCGACGCCUCCCCAGGUGCUGUUUACAAUGGCGUGUCCGACUUUCUUUAUCAAGAGGAGGUGACGAAAACGGCGUCAGCGACAUGGGGCUCGUCGGACGGUACACUGGUGCUGUACGUGCAAUACGACGACAGCGCCGUGUCGGAGCUGCGCCUGCCGCGCAUCGCCGACAGCCUGGCGGGCGUCGGCGCGGCGCGGGCCGGCUUCCUGCAGAUACCCACCAACAACGCCUCCGCACACACUGUCUUCCCCGACCAAGUCACUGUCAGAUAUCCCACGCCUGGCAGUGCAAUACCAAAGGUAAAGUUAUGGAUAGUAAGUGUUCAAAACUCGACCUCACCGCCAAGAUGGGAAGUGAGGCCUCCAAGUACGUUAGAUGGAAUGGAAUAUUAUCUCAUAUCAGCCCAGUGGGUGGGCAAAGACAAUUCUCAUGUAGGUGUAGUGUGGAUGAAUCGAGCGCAAAACCUCACAGUUUAUAGCAGUUGUUAUGCUCCAAACUGGACUUGCACUGAGACGCACUCAGAAAAAGCUACAGAGGAGCCUUGGUUAGAGGUACACCAGCAGCCUGUGUACUCGGAGGACGGCAGUGCGUUCCUCCUGCUCGCGGCCGUGCAGGAGGGCGGAGGGCAGUACUACACGCACAUUAAGCACGUUGAUGUACUGCGCCAGCGCAUGGCUGUCCUCUCCCAUGGGAAGGUCGAGGUCACCGAGAUCCUGGCAUGGGACCAGGAAAACCAUUUAGUUUAUUAUUUAGGCAGUGCGGACCGGCCGGGGCAGCGGCAGGUGUACGUGGUGCGGGACCCGAGCUACGGCGGCGGCAGUAACUCGGUGAAGGCGCGCGCGGAGCGGGAGGAGCCGCGCUGCCUGACGUGCGAGCUGGCGGUGUGGCCGGCGCGGCUGCACUACGCCAACUGCUCGUUCUGGCGCGCCACGUUCUCGCCGGCGCGCGCGCGCCUCGGCAUCACACACUACGUGCUGGAGUGCGCCGGCCCCGGCCCGCCCCUCGCCGGCCUGCACGACGCGCGCACGCACAAGCUAGAGAGGAUAUUGUAUGACACGAGGCCUUAUAGAUCAGUACGACUGCGUGAGUUGGCUCUGCCGACGCGGCGGUCUUUUGAAGUAGCAUUAGGCAGUGGCUCCAAGGCGAGAGUGCAGCUGCUACUGCCGCCUUCCUGGAGAGAGGAGCUCAGAGAUGCUGCCUUUCCCGUGCUUGUUCAUGUAGACGGCAGGCCGGGUAGUCAGCAAGUGACAGAGGAGUUCCUGGUGGACUGGGGCUCGUACAUGUCGUCGCGAAACGAUGUCGUAUAUUUAUUAGACACGUUCAAGUUCCUGGACGUGACACGCGUGGCAGUGUGGGGCUGGGGCUACGGCGGCUACGUGACGGCCAUGUUGCUGGGCUCGCAGCAAUCCACACUCAAAUGUGGCAUCGCUGUCUCGCCCAUCACCGACUGGCUUUAUUACAACGCAGCGUUCACGGAGCGCAUCCUGGGCCAGCCGUCGGUGAACUACAAGGGGUACGUGGAGGCGGACGCGUCGCAGCGCGCGCACCACGUGCCGGCGCACGCGCUGUACCUGGUGCACGGGCUGGCCGACGUCUCCGCGCCCUACCCGCACGCGCUGCAGCUGGCGCGCGCGCUCACCGACGCCGGCGUCUUGUUCCGAUACCAGGCAUACGCCGACGAGGGUCAUGACCUGAAGGGUGUGAUCGAGCACGUGUACCGUUCCAUGGAGGACUACCUCCGCGAGUGCCUCUCCCUCGACCCCGAGGACACCAAGCUGCCGCCCCCCGACAGAUAGAGCUGACACUGUCCUAUUGUUAUCGUAAUUACUGUAAAUAUGUACAUGAGACAUAGUGCUUUAAUCAAAUGUGUUCCCCACGGCUCGACGGCCUCUGUCGGCACACCGACCACCUCGUCGCGUGUCAGUGCGAAACCUCUUGUGAUUAGUAUUAGGUACUUAUGAAAUUUGUUAUGAUGAAUAAAGUUGCAUGAAUUGAAUUACUAAAAACACUAGUAUUAGUAAAAUAAUUAGGUUGAUUUUGUAAUAGAUAGAAACCAGACGACGGACUACGAAAGUACUUAAGAUAAAUUCUUCGAAUUCAAUAUUUCCUCAUCGAAUCCAUGAUUCAGCUUCAGCACCAUACGGCUAUACUAUCGUACUGUGUCCUUUGCGAGCUCCUAAGAGCCUAGAUAGGGAAUAAAUUGUAGACAAGAAAGUGUCGAAAGAUAUCAACACGUUUUGUAAACUGACGUCGUCGACGUCUCGGCAAGAGACGCGCGAGGCACCACGGAUCGUCGUGACGACUACAACCCGAGCUUGUUCUAUUAGGCUUUUACUACUAUUUUCUACUGCGCCUUUACUAUCAAGCUUUUCUAUUUUAUCUAUUCGUAUAGAAGUGUCCACUUGUACUGUACAUACCGUUGUAUUACAGUUAUAACCAAAGCUGACUGACAGGAACACAAACUCAAUUAUUUUAAUUGUCGUCGAACAUAUUUGUUAGUUUUGUAAUGAUACUUUACUUCGGUGAUUGUUGUUAAACACUUAAACUACGAAAAAUGAGGAGCUUAUCAUUUAGGGAAAAUUUACUAGGCCUUUUGAAAUAAAAGUUUAUGUUACAGAUGUUUUAAAUGUUAUGUUUUAUAAAAUUAUAGCGCUGUUGAAAAUACCUCAUGCAACAAUGUACAUAGAAUAACUCUAAUCAUAAUAAUAUGUUAUUUGAUAGAACGAAACGCGUUUUAUAGUGACUUAUAAUAUUUAGAAAUGAAGUGACCUUGAUCAUCCCCUUACCUUAGCUGCUUUGGCUCCAUCACAUCAUCAUUUCCUAAUCUUCCUAGUCGAUAUGAGUGCAGGCGGAGAGGGCCACGCGACCCGCAGCCCCGCAGGCCCCAGCCAACCACUCGCACCCGAUACUUCGUAGUCAGUGGACACCACGUCACUGUGCCACUCAAAACAAAACAUUUGAGUAUUAAGCUUGUACAAAAUAGUCGAUAAAUUGAGCUAGAAAAUUUGCCUUUCUGAUAGAUAUUUCAGUAAUGCAGUCUCUGAGUUUGAAGUUGUGAUGUCUAUGUGUGUACAUAGAGGACAGAGGAAGGUAGCGGUGUGGCAGCGCGCCGCCCUCGCGCGGCCAGCGACGUCGCGUGUCGGCGGGCGGCGCCGCGGCGUUGUUGUUGAUUUCGGUAACUGUGACAUAACUAGAUAAUUCAUUGUUGUUGUAUAGAGAUAAUAAACGUUUGCCGAUAUUGUUAAGUGUUAUCGGAUACCUGCAUAGACGCAUAUCGUACAUUCCAUGUUUGUGAAGACUGCCAAUUUGGUCUAAAUUUUACAAUCAUUGUACUAAUUAAAUACCUACGAUACGUCGAUGAGAUUAAUUUCAAUUGCCGUUAUGGUCUUAAGGAUGCUGUGAUUCUUCUAUUGCAUAAUUGUACGUAACGAUAAAGGAUUAAAUUUUAUUAAAUAAUAAUUAUAAUGUCUCCAUCUGACAUUGCGUAGGGCCUAGUGAAAUCGAAUUCGUUGUAAUUAUUAAAAUAAUUAUCAUAAGGUUAAUGUUAAUUUAGAUAUUUUGAAAAAUUCUUCCAUUAUUAAUUAAAUAAACAAUAUUGCUUUGUUCUCCAGUUAUGAAACAAGACAUAGACAAUAUAAUACGGGCUACGUGUACGUCACACACAUAUGAGAUUUUAUAGUUAGAUAAAAUACGAGAGAGUUCGGAAACCGGGUGCUUUAAAUUUUACAUCAUGUUGUACGUAUUGAUUUCAUUAGCGAAUGUUCUCUAGUUAUACACUGCGAGGCGGGCCCGGGCGGCCGCCACGCGCUAAUUAAGAGUACUUUCCAUUUCUCAUCGUUUGGAUUAUGAGAUAUUCAGCGGAUAACACCAAUUAAAUUCAUAUUAUAGUAUUUAUAUAAAGAAACGACAUACUUACCGGGUUGUUACGAAAUUUUAGCACAAUGAUGGAUCUAAUCGUUUGCACGCCGCUUCACUCCUAACUUUUACUCCUUUCCAGUCUAUAGUCCUUAGUCUUCCAGUGCAGCGAAAGCUUCCGUACCUUGUCUUAUUCUUGAUGCAGGAAAGUAGGAACUAUGUGAUGACUAUGUCAAUUAUUUCACUUUUCCAACUCUGAUCAGCUACGUAAUCGUUAAUUUCGUUUACUUCUAAAAUGUCCUUCGAUAAAAUCUCUAUAUAAAAUUUAGAUUUUCGUCCUAGUUUAUCCAGAUUCAAUGGAUGUGGUAUAAAUGUGAAUCAGUAAUGCUGUGUUCUUAGGAUCCCUGCAUUAAACGCUAUACUGCACUCCACUUGCACAUUGCAUAAAUAAUUGUAUAGAUAGGUUGGUUAACAAUAUUAUGAUGUGACUACGGACGAUAAAGCAGAAGAAACAUAUGAAAUGCUCGAAGUUGAGGUGGAAGCGAAUUAAUUGUCAAUUUAACUAAGCAAUAAAACAAUGUGCAUAGUUUAAGGUACACAGUACUGCGUGUGUGUGGAGUGCAGUUGGGAUGCAGCGUAGUGUCCGCCUUGUAUCUUUAGAGUGCCGCGGAUUGCUCCCUUAGCGGUUAGAUUGAAGACGAACGAUAUUGAAUACAACACUAAUAUACUGACAGAGGUGUACCUGUAAUAACCAAACGUGUGUGGUCUAAGAGAUCAGUAGUUUAUAAAACAAGCCAGUCCAAUAUGAGCGUGGCAUAUGAGAUGUUGUAUUCAGUACCGCGCCGUUUGAUGGCCCUAGAAAUCAUCUAAAAAUCUACGUUAUUGUUAAUCAGUGUUAUAAAUCUUAUCGUCUCGUUUAAGAGUUACAGUGUUGUAUAGAUUGGUACGUUUGAUUUGUAAAAAUUCUGAG